AGUCGCAGCCUGUCCGCCGGGGAGGCAGCACGGGCCGCAGCAGGCAUGAGCGCGUCUGGCGCCGACCAUGACGGCUCGCCUGGCCCCUAGCAGGCACGCGCCCAAGAGGAAGGCCUCCGCCCCCGCGCGCCCCGACGGCCGCCGGGCCAACAAGCCGCUGAUGGAGAAGCGACGCCGCGCGAGGAUCAACCAGUCGCUGGCCGUGCUCAAGACCCUCAUCCUGGACUCUGCGCGGCUGGAGCAGAACACGAAGCACUCCAAGUUGGAGAAGGCAGACAUCCUGGAGCUGACAGUGCGCUACCUGCAGCGGCAGCGAGCUCUGGGCUCGGCCGUGCUCAGCAAGUACCGCGCGGGUUUCCAGGAGUGCACGCGCGAGGUGAGUCGCUUCCUGGAGUCGGCGGACCUGCUGUCCCCCGCGGCCGGGGGUCCCCCGGUGGCGCUGGACCCGCGCAUCAAGCAGCGCCUGCUGCGCCACCUGGACAGCUGCGUGGCCGAGCUGGACCUGGACUUCGGCCUGGCCGCCAGGGACUCCGCCCCGCCUGCAGCUCCUGACUCCCCUGUCCCCGCCGAGGCAGACGGCAGCGCCAGACCCGACAGCUCCACCAGCGGCGGCGACGAGAACAACAACAGCGGCCUGACGGGCAAGAUGUCUCCCCGCGCCAGCCCCGAGCCCAGCCCGCUGCUGUCCGUGGUGCAGCAGGUGAUCCCGUCUCGGCUGCCCGACGGCCAGGUGGUGUUCCUGCUGCCCAGCCACUACGUGCAGCUGGCGGCGGCCGCAGCGAGCCUGCAGCACCAGUCGCCCGCCUCUCCCGCCGCCAUGUGGGCGGGCCCCGCCCCCACCGCCUCCACCGCCCCCAAGCCGGCCCCGGGGGACCUCCUGCAAGAGGACGAGCCCAUAGACUUUACAGUGAGGAAGACUGGCCGCGAGCCGCCGGACACGGACCCAGUGGGGCGGGACAGCUCGAUGUCCGCGGAGGCGUGCGACGAGGACAAGGACGAGGGUCCUGUGUGGAGGCCCUGGUAGACGAGCGUGACCACGUGCCCAGGAGUCCUCCGGUCAUUUCAACAUCGAUGUCAUGCAUUCAUUUUCCUUGUUUGACACUUAGUGCUAACUGCCCAUUCAGAAACUCACUGAGACGAGAGUCGGCAAGGCGAAAAAUAACAUGGUGAAACAUGAUGUGUGGUGGGAGAUUUUAGAGUGACGAAUGGCAUAUUUGACGAUUGACCUCAUGAAGGCCAGCACUUGGUUAUUCAUGGAGGAGCUCUAGCGCUGAUACGUUCUAGUUUGUUCUUCUGGUGCUACACUGCUUCUGUUAGCCAUCAUGGCUCGUGUUCGCGAGGACUCCUGGUGCACACGCCCUCUAGUCGAUGUUCCCGCGGCCAGUGUCGCGGCUCGGGGAGUUGCGGCGAGGCCUCAAGACUUGUGCGCCACUCACAAACACCAGUCAUCAAAGUAUCGGAUGCAAAUGUUGUAGAGUCAAGUAGUUGUGUUUUUAAAUGUGGUCAGUGUAUAAUACUAGCGCCUACAUCCCUUUGCAUGGCAGCGCAUAAGUUUCUCUGCUACCGGCACAAAUAUAACUUAUAUUGUACAGCUGAGCUGCUGCAUGGUCUUCAGAGUGGUGGGUGGAGUCUGCUGUGUUUAAGAGUGCGGUGCGAACAUGCAAACAGAAGAUAUUUUGAUACAUUUGCGAUUCCUGCAAAAUUAAAUGAUGAGUAAGAAACAUGCAGAAACAUAGUUGGCUAAGCACACUUAAUUACUAUAUAUAUUUCAGAUACCGCUGUUAAACAUAACUAUUGACACUCCCUACUUCAUCCACUUGGUUGAACUGAAAGGUUUGGAACCUUAUCAGACACGAUUAGUUUGAUACCUCAUUUGCAGUUGCAACGAAUUCCGAAUAGAUUAUUCUUAUUUUUUUUUAAUGGUUGUUUUAAUUGAAAGCAACAUUCGUGCAAGGUGCUGACUGUAGAAUGUGCGAGUGCCUCUCAAUGCUAUCUUCGGUACCUCACACCUCAGUGAACUAGCUUGAAUCCCUCGCCCAUCAGCCACUGUCAACAGGCGUGAAGCAUGGCGGCAAGGAGCGAAGCUAGCUGUGAUGUUUAUGGGCAGUUAAACUCUCUAACCUUCCGAACUACCUGCUGGAUGUAGUAGUCACUUGGUAGCAAGAUAGUGUUGGAUGUGCAGCAGAAGGUAAAUAAUGUUUUGGGAAUGAAAUUAUUAGAGACUGUGGAAUCUCGAGCUGUUAUCUAGAUACUUUGAUUUUGAUGGAAACAAAAACAUUUGCAUCAAUUCCAGACCAAUGUAAUCACAUUGCAGAUAACCUCUAGGUACUGGAUCUUUGAAAAAGAAUUGUGACUGAAUGAACAAUUCAUGAUUCAGUUCCUUGAUAUCGCUUGAUGACACCUAAGAGUCAGAAAGUGUGACAGCUGUAGUUUUUUGGAAAAAAAAACAACACAUAUUUGCAAAUAUAUUUUUACCAAAAAUCACAUUCCCUGCCAAUCAUUUCUAUUUUGGUCGCUAGAAACUUCAGAACCAUUCAUAAUCAGAUUGCGGGAGUCGCAAAUACGUUAAUCGGGUGAAACUGGUGAAAUUUUUUCAUUUUGAUUUUUCUCUGUAUCUUAGUUACAAUAUUAUUUUUUUUCGGAACAUUUUUCGUUUAAACAAUUAUGGGACUUGCAGGGAAUUUUAGAUAUAUCACGUUCGAGAGAUUAUAAACACAGCGGAAUAGAUCAUUAUUGUACUAGUAGUGGGUAACAUAUUUGUGUAUAUCCGAGAAUUACAUUGCACCUGAGUAGAAAUUGUACUGUCAGAAUGCAGUAGCCUACGUGUGGAGAUAAUUCAGAUUUAACUUUAUAUAUCCACUAUUUAUUAUUUCCCGGUAGGUAGAAAGUCUUAACUCCUUUACAACAUUUUAAUUUUUGGCUAAUAAAUAGUAUAUUAUUUUAAUUUAUGAAACAUAUGUGGGACUUUAAUUUCCCAAAGAAGAUACCUGCAGGUUUUUAUAUAAUUUUUGUUUGAUUUAUGACUUCCGUUUCAACUAAUCUGCAAAACUUACUUGAUCGAUGACUGACAGACUUAGAGAUUGUAUACUGCAUUCCAGUCGAAAUUAUGUACUUAAGUAGAGAGGUUUUAGUGCACAACACUGUGACUAUUGUUACCAUGUAUCUGUGGCCAUGGAAGCUGAUGCUUGGUAGCAUGUCGGGGCGGGACUCGGCCAGCCUGCGAGUGUCGUCUCAGUCAGUUCGCUCAUGUGUCGCAGCCAAGCAUUGUUCUUGUAUCUUCGUCGCCACAGUGAAACAAAUAAGGACUGGAAAAGCAAGUGACAUGCUUGGCUAGACGCACAAUUCCUUAUGUUAUCAAGAAUUAGAGUUUUUAUGGUGAAAAUAUUUUAUGCUUAAUUUGUUGCAUGAAUGCUAGUUUUUAUGCUCCAUUAUUUUUAUUUCAGUUGGACGUUAAUUUGUUAAAUUUUAGAAUACAUUUAACAGUUUGAUCACAAAUCAAAGUAACUACUAGUUGGUUUUAUAGUUUACAAAAAAAAUCAGUUUUACGCUGGAAUAAAAUGUAUAUAAUCAUAGAGAUGACAUGAACAUGCAAGUAUUUAAGUGCAACCAGACAUUACAUGUGAAUUCGUCAUUACAAUGUGUUACAAAAAUACAUGCGACUCGGUAUUUUCAGUGAAGAAAAUAGUUUUUGGUCUACUCAAACCAAAUGUUACAUAAAUAUCCCAUUUUAUAAUCUUGUACUAUGAACUACAUAGUAUUUAACUAACAGGCAUACAAACAUGACAUGAAUAUCAAGCAAAAAAGCGUAAUGUUUCUAAAUAUAUUAACGGGUUUUUCCAGUCCUUAUAAAUGCAAAAUGCAUGAGCUGCUACUUAUACCCAGCCGACUUCUCGCAGUCACAGAACAGGCAAGCACACAGAAGCAAAUGUUAAAGCUCUAAAGAUUUUUCUUCCAUCCAGCCUCAACUUAGAAAAAAUUGUCUCUCAAUAUUGGCUCAUAAUUUAUUAAAUAAGGAUAGCCAGUUUGGUAGCGUGCGGCAGUUGGCUUCUUGCGUGCUUCUCUGUGCAGUGAGGUCUGCCGGAGCAUGUGCUAGUUGUUGUGACCCUGGGUGACCUUGAGUGACACCCCGGGGAGAGCCAAUGGCGUGGCUGCCUGAGAUGUAAGAGACUGCUAGGGUGAGCAGGGAGAGAAGCCCACAUCUUAGUGAUAUGUCGAGUACCUUGAAUCAAGAAACGUAGUGAAUUGAGUUGCCUGUGUGUCUAGUAAAUGUUGUAUAUAAGUACAAAGUAAAUAAAUUAAUAUAGCAACA